GAGGCGCAAGUGACUUGAUGGUAGCACCUUUUACUUCAGUGUCCGCCAAGACAUGCAGUUAAAAAGUUGCAAGUGACACGGUUUUCAAAUCGCGGCUUAUUUUACGUACAAUAACAGGUACUGUAGAAGUAGUACUCUUAUGUUAACGCGUCUUGUGGUCGCGUUAAAAAAUAUGUAAUUAUUUUUUCAAAAAAAUACUUAAUAAUUGAGUUAGUGUGUGAAAAAAGAAAAAAAGACGUACUUUAAUUGAAGAGAUACGCGAAGUGGAUAGUUAUUAAUUGCUUUCGUAAUGAUAGUGGUGGACAUAGCGUGAAAAAAGGGAUGCUAACUUACAACUACUAAGUUAUUAUUGUAAUAAGUGAUUUCAGUGCUCAAAAGAAAAUGUUACAACCAAGGAGACCGAUUAUGGGGUCGAUUACAAUUCCACUUUUACUACUUUUACACAGUAUUACAGGUUUAGAAAGUAUAGAGUCCACUCCUAGGUUACGAAGAGAAACACCAAACGAUGUCACAACAGUAUUACUGGUGGAUAAUCAAGGACGCAAUUCGUUCGGCCGUUUCCUGAACGUAAAGCCGGACUUAGGCUUAAUAACCGCGACAGCCCGAACCUUUAUCCAGGAGGGCGUGACUACCGAGUACGCCACCCAGGUGCUCGGCACGACCCUUGACAAUGGACGUUUGUACGCACACUUAUUGACGAAAAGCUCCCGAGUUCUGUACGACAGCGAUACACCAACAACUCGUGCUAACUUCAGUCCGUCUAGCAGCAAUAAUGUUAACGCAGAUCCUAAAUCCCCACCCAGCAGUUUAAAUUUCGUUAAAAAUACCGACUACAUACCACCAAACAAAGUUGAACCUUUUGUCGUAUUCCCAACUGUGACCUCAUACAACACGUUUUCUGAUCCUACAAAGCUUGAUGCCCGUUCGAAAGAAUCUGAAAAUGACGAGUCCUUGCAAUUGUUGCCGUCGAAUAAUGCAAGAAUUCCAUUCCCCGAAACUAACAACUGGAACAAUAAAAACGUUAAGGUCUUCCAAAUAACUCCCAAACAUCAAGAUAUGCACCUCCAAAAUGACAAAGAAAUUGCAAAAAGUAAAAUUAAUGAAAUAGACGACGUUGAACCAUCAAAAGUAAGAGCUAGAAAUGAUCUUCCCACGUUUACAGUUCGAAAUGAAUUUUCACCAAGUGGGUUUUCUAUCCUGGGCGACUGGCCUGAUUUCGACACCAACACCGAACGAUCUAAAGCAACAACGGCAACUGAAAGAAAGGCUAAAUUUCUUUUACGUGCCGGUGUACCGCCAAAGAAAGACUUUACUACAGUUACGUACAAGGGUUUCGCAGAUUUCACAACAACUGUCGGAGACACUGUAAUUAUAUUCGCCCCAUUUACUCCAGAAGUCCCUAGAUUCGAUGUAGGAAAAGUAACUUCAAUUUCGGUAGAAGCUACUCUAAGUCCGACAUCAGACUCUACGAAAAUUCGGCCUUCAUUUUCAUUAUCUCCCAGCAAAGGAGAACCUACCAGCAUACCAUCAUUACCGGAAACCAAAAAACUCCGACCAGGAUUAACAAUUUCAUCUAUAACUCGAGACAGUUCUACAAAGAUACGUCCUUCCUUUCCAUCUAAGAAUAGAGAGCAACAACUUCGAACGCUAUUUCCUAAAAUUCCUAGAUUAACCACCAAACAGACAGAGCCAACAACAGAAUCAACAACCGAAAGUACUACAGAAAGCACAAUCGAAGAAAACGAAGAAGAAACUACAACAGAACCAAUGCAAGACAAACCAGAAAGAGACCAAUCUGUGUUUCCUACUAAAGUAAUUGACGCUAAAGACAGACCGCAAGAAAAACAAACAGAAGACCCUCAACAGCAUGAAGAUAUAGAAGCAAAAAUGUCGGUCCUUGCACAUGAACAACAAAACAAUGAAAAUGAUAGUAAAUCUACUUCGCAAAUAGAUUCCUCAUUCCUUACCGAAACUGAUCAAUUUGUCGAAGGUACUCUCUCACCUCAAGCUAUACAACCUUCACAAACCCAAUUUCCCAUGCUUACAACUCCUUCUGAUGAAGACAUCGCUAAAAUUUUAGCUUCUUUGCAAGCCCAGCAAAAUAACAAGCCUACACAACCUCUAUCAUCUCCUGUUCAAAAAACUACAGAUAUUAAGGAGUAUAAGCCAACACCUACGAUUCCGUCAUCUGAUAUAGCUACCUCGUCAAGUACAGCAAAAGUCACUCUAUCUACUCCCUCUCAUGAAGAUAUUGCAAAAAUUUUGGCUUCGCUUCAAGCUCAAGAAAACGAUAAAGCAACUGAGCCAUUACCUAAAGAAACCGAAAAAUUAGUUACAGAUUCUCCGUCAUCUUCUCUUGAUAAAGAAACUAGAAUCCUGGGAGGAGCAACAACUAUAUUUUUCGACAACGAUCCAUUUGCAACAUCUGUUUUUGAACAAACUUCUUCUAUCACAAACUCUGAAUUGCAAGUGGUACAAACUACAACCGAAAAAACAGCAACUACUACUGAAAAGUCUACAGAAAGUAAAAUCACUACAAACGAUGAAGAAAUUGCUACUUCGCCAUUACCUCCAACCACUGAAGCAGAACCAGAAAAAGAAAAUGAAAAUCCAUCUUGCUCCAACGGUCAUACCAUAAUUCCAGCAACAGUUUAUAAUACGUUAACGUACCUUACCACUUUAUUCUUCCCAGAUGAAGAAUCAACUUCAACUUCCAUACAAUCCGAAGAAGUAACUUCAACGCAAGUAAAUUAUCAAACAGUAUGCAUAAACGAGUUGAACAUCUCACCAACCGUUGUUUCAGAAAAUGUGGCAACGACACAAACAAUUCGCUUGCAAAAUUCUUUAUCGCAAGAAACUACACUUUCUACAGAAACACCAGAAGAACAUACUACUGCAGAAAUGAAUUUCGAAACAACUCCCGAAGAAACAACACCUAUAAUAACCACAACUGAAAAUCAAGAUACGACAGAAUCAGAAUCCGAAACUACAGAUUCUGAUGAUAACGAUAAUGAAGAUGAUGACGAUGAAAUCGAAGUAAUCUACAAAACACUUUAUACCACAUACACAUAUUUAACAACGUAUUAUGAUGGGGACGUCUCGUCCAUUGAUAGCAGGAAAGAAGUUAUUACCAACGUAAUAACAUCCACGUUAGAUCCAUCAAAUGAUAUUUCAGAUCCAGCAGUUGCGGGCCUUUUUGAAAGAGAGGAUAGUCUUGUUUCGAGCUAUAAAUCAAGACCUCCAACGUUUGAUGAUAUCUCCAACAUUACACCAACAAGUGUUUUACAGGUUAAACCAACAGAAACUAACAUUAUUACCGAAGAUGAUAAUGAAAAUCGAAUUCCAGAUCAAGAAUAUUCCAAACCAACCCCUACACUUGAUGAUGUCAAAGGGGUGAAAACCUAUUAUACAACAUAUACUUAUUUCACCACCAUUUUCGUAGAUGGAGAAACUGAAAUAUCUAGUCGCACCGAGGUUUAUACAAAUUAUGUUACUCCAAGUUUAGAUCCUCAUGCUGUUAUAAAUGAAAUUGGUAACACUGAAUUACCAACACUGACAACUCCAAAUCCUGAAGAGGAAAACGAAGACAAUAUACACAAACCUGCCAGUUUCAAUGUUACCCCGAGUAACGCAUAUAGCAGUACAAUAGAAAGACGAAAACCGUCUGAAACAGAAACUACUUCUUCAGAAAACCUAAGUACCGCCCUGACGGUUGCAACUCCACAAAUUGAUGACAAUCUACUUGCUAAUCUUAAAGAAUACAGUGCUAUAUCAACAGUUGUUCGUAGCAGCACUUCAACGAGCAAAAAAAGAUUAGCUGAUAAUGUUGAUGCUCGUAACGUACUUGAUGAUCAAAUCGUCGCUGAAUCUAACAACGAAUCAGAAAUAAUGCCUUCGCCAACAUUGUUACUGCAAACAAGUUACACUACCUUCACAUACUUCACAACUAUCUACCAAGGUACCACUGGAAGCAGUAUUAAGAGUCGAUUGGAAACCAUUACGAAUGUAGUAACUGAAACUGUUUCUCCCACGCAAACAAUAGCUGCUGACGAUCCAAAUGAACCAAUAACAUACUUCACAACGUUUACCUAUUGGACAACUUUCUACAAAGAUGGAUCAACUUCAGUAACUACCAGAGAAGAAACAAUAUCAAAUGUUGUAACACCGACUGUUUCUGAUUCAACUGCCACACCAGUAAUAAAUAUUUCCCCUAUAUCGUCUACACCUUCGGUGGAAAUAGUACCUAGCAAAGCUGUUUUGGAACAACCAGUUUCGGAAACAGCAAAUGAAAACUUAACAACUUUCUAUACAACCUAUACUUAUUAUACGACGUCUUUUAUUGGCAAUGAUACAAUUUUAAAUAGUCGUCUUGAAACUAUAACCAAUGUCGUAAAUGGCUCAAAUGAUAAUGAAGAAACAACCAAUUUUACUCCAGCUGAAGAAAAUACUACAACUGAAAAUAACGAAGAAGGCUCUUCACCACUAGUUGGACUAUUAUCAACAAUACAAUCCACUGUAGAUAAUGAAGGUACCAAAACUGUGUUUUCUACGGGGAUAUAUGGUACAUAUAUCGAUGGUCAAUAUGCACAAGUAUUAGAAAGCACUUCAUCCAUAUUGACUGAACCGAUAGUUCCUACACCUGUUCCAGAAAAAUCCCUUAAACCUACAGGAAUUGUGAGUCUAAAUCAGGGAAAAAUUAUAGAUGCGGAUGGUGUAAGCACAUUGUUCUACACUACUCAAGCAAUUGGUACUUAUGUAGAUGAUUCAUAUGCGCAAGUCAUCGAGAGCACAAGUUCUUUAAAAAUUGAUGAAGAUAAGAAAGCUGCUUUGGCAGCUUCCUCAACGCCUAGUGUUCAUCGAACCGGUCUUGUACGCAUAGUAGAGGGAUCUAUUGUACAAAAUGAUACGACCACAAUGUACCAAUCAAAGGUCAUAGGCACUUUAAUCGACGGAAGGUAUGCACAAAUAAUUGAAAGUACAUCCAGUUUCAUUGUCGACAAAACCAAAGCUCCAUCAAUUAAACCAACUAACGUUAACGAAAUUGGUACAUCUGCAACGGAAGCGCCCCAAUUGAGUUCCCCAGGCUUCAUUACACCUUCACCAGUGGCGAUAGAAAGCUCCAUAAGCGAUAACGGUGAAGAAGGUGCAGGUGAAGGCGAGGAAGAUGAAGAAAAUGAUGACGAAGACGAUAAAGACAGUAGAGGUAGGAAAAAGUCCCGUCUAACUUUCCAAACACGUAAAAGAACUUUCACGCCUGCCAUAAGACCCUUCGCAUCAAGAACCCGUUCCACAUUCUCGCUUCGCCGCAAAAAUCUAAGUCAAGCAACUGCAGCAACAAUCACUAGGAGUGACUUUACACCCACAGUUACAGCUGUUCCUGCAGGUAAAACGGGAACUCGUUUCGGUUCUAGAAGAAGUUCAACGAAUGCCGCUGUUCAACCAACAGCCUCUGGAGGACGUCGUUUUGCCCGACCAAAAUCUACAAGUGCAGCAAAUAAUACAAAAGCGAAAUCGUCACAGAAAGUUCAACCAACAGCAGGCCCUCGAAGAGGCGGAUUCAGAAGUUCUGCGGCAAUAAAGCCAUCUUCUUCGUACGCUGGUAACAGCAGGUUUGCGAGAAUUAGACCUACUGCUACUGCUUCUGGCCGUUUAUCUAACACUAGACCAAUAACGUCUCCUUCAAAUGAUAUAAAUGACGAUGAAAAUGACCUGACAACUCAAAUAACUGAAAGUCCUACUGACGCAACUGAUGAAGAAAAUGAAUCAACUUUACCUCUGACUCCUGUAACCGAAUCGUCCAAACGUGCUCAAAACCCGCUACUAAAAUUCCGCAGACCUCCUUUCUCUCGUCCAUCAUCUCUUACAAAAACAGCAACGACUACUAAGCCUGCGACCCGAAAUGCGAAAUCAAGCAAGAAAGCAUCAGCAACAACUACAGCGAAACCUAAGGCAGCUGUGAAUAGGCCUGUCGGAAAUGUGCAAGCGAGGUCUAGACCGGGAAGUAAUCUAUUCCCACGAAGAAAUCUCUUCACGACCACAACAACAACAAACCAGCCAGAACAAGGAGAAGAAGAGGAAGAAGAAGAAUUACAACUAGAAGACGAAGGUCAAGAAGGAGGAGAUGAAGAAGAUACUGACUACGAAAGUAGUAACACGGAAACACGAACAGAAAAUGCUCCAAUUGCAAACAAUUCUCCAUCAUCUAGAAGGGAACGGACUUUCAAUGGCGUUUCUGUAAGACCGUUUAGAUUUAGACAACGUUCAAAACGUGACACCUUUUCACGAUUUCGACGACCCAGGGCAAGACCGACAAAAUCAUCGGAAGUGGUAGACAGCUCCGAAUCAGCUGAAACUACAACAGCUAAACCAACGAAACCCAGUCGUUUUAAAACAAGAUCACGUAGUGGAAACAGGGUUGAUAAGUCUACUACACCUACUCCCAAAAGAAUCACUCCUUCUCGUCCUACACAAAACAGGUCGCAAUUUACUUUACGAAAAGACGAUAAAAAGACAACGUUUAGACGACCUAGUUCACAAUAUUCAUCUACCAGAAGAACUACCACGCCAGCAUCGAGACCUAAACCACCACGGUUGCGGACCAGUCAAACCGAACCGACCACAACAAGAAAAAGAACAAGUGGAACUAAAAGGGGAUCAACAACAACAAGAAACUCCGGUCGAGGAUCCACAAUCCGAUCCAGAUACUCUGGAGAGCAGUUCGAUUCAUAUAAUGGUCGAAAUGAUAACGGCACUAUCACUGUGACGCAUCAGGUGCCGACCGAAGUAACCAUACCUGUUGUUAAUGGAAAAGUGACAGAAUAUAGAAAUAUUAUAACUGCUCAAUUAAGCACGGAAAUUGUACCACCCCAUAAAUAUACUACUGCCUUAAAUUCCCUUGGUAAUAGGAUAACUGUCUUAUUGAGCGAAAAUACAGGUAUUAAUGUCAACGGUGCGACAGCAAUCACAAGAUACAUAUUAAACGAGACUCCAACAAGUUCGAUCACAUUUACACCGACAUUUAUUCGAGGUUACAAAACCUCUUAUUCACACAUAAUUCCUAGCACAGCGUAUGGAGUUGAACAGGUGGUGAGUACCAUACAACCGCAAAUUCCCGCCCAAGCACCACUUGCUAACUUACUGCUUUCGCAACUUCUGCUUGGAAAUGCGGGAUUUCAGCCAAAUCCCCUUUUGGGAUUACAAAAUUCAGCAGUCGCAGCGACUCCAACAACGGAGUAUAAAACUAGAACAACUUCAUACGUAACAACUGUUGUAAAGUCGACAUCCACAGUAUUACCCAUUACGUUUAGAGGAAAAGAAAUAUUGACAACAAUUGUAGAUAGUUCCAGCGAAAUAGUAACAGCCACUGAAUUCUUAACGGACACCAUCGUCAGUACCCCUACUAUGCUCGCAGGGGCCAAUCUGAACAGUCUUCUUUUACCGCUUCUCUUACAGCAACAACAGCAACUACAAACAGCACAACCAUUUAACCCUCUAAAUCAACAACCAGCGGGAAUCUUUGGUCAAAACCAGCCCUCAGGUAUAUUCGGAAUUCAACAGCCUGCUGGAGUGUUCGGAUUAAGCUUUGAUCAAAAUUCACAACAACAAAUUGCUUUUCAAGAUUUAAAAGAUAGCUUUGGUAUAGCUACUAAUGAAUAUGACAGCAAUUCUAAACAACCUGAAGACUUCCAGAAUCUGUCGGAAGAAGAAAUAGCAACGUUAGAAAGUGAGCACACUCAUGUACCGAGUAGAAAACCAACCAAGAAAAAAACAAGAAAGGACAAACAACAAGAAGCCCCUUCACCCGUCACUCCUUCAGAAACAAGUGUGGUUACAUUGUAUGUGUCAGGAAAAACUCCUGACGAAUUCACAACAAUUUUAUCUACCGUGGUUGUUGGUGAAGAAAACAAAAACAAAAGUAAAAGAGAAGUAAGUUAUAUUGAAGUGAAGCCGUCUCAUAUCAGACAUGACUUUCGAACGAACAACAACUUGGAUUUUAUACUAACUCCAGCUAUGACCGAAGAAGUUACGGAAGAAAUAGAAUCUCUAGAAGGAACUGCCAGUUUGGAAAGUGUGGUCGGUGAUGUGGAAAAAUAUAUAACGACCCAUACUCCUGAUCUAUUUGUAAGCAAACCAACAAAAUUAAAAAAAGCUAGUUCAUCAAAAAAUCACAAAUCACAAAAAUCCUCCGGUAAUUUUUUAGUAAUAGACCUUAGUGAGUCCGCCCCACUCACUUUAAAGGUCAAAAAAUCACCAUCCUGGGGCGACUUUAUAAUCACUACGGCAAAAAAUCAUGCCACUAAAACACAUACAAGGAACAAAAGAGACGUAACCGAUAACACUCAUCAACCAAAGAGACGACGCCGAGUAAUAAAAAAACUAAUUAGAAUUAAUAAUCGAACAAUUAAUGAAACAAGCAGGAAAGGAAGACAUUAUCAGUACAAUACAAAUGACUUUGGAGAGGUAAUUGAUGUACAAACAGUAAAUAACGAAAACUAUCCCAAAAGACGACGAGUCGUCGUUACAAAAAGGCGUAGACUCACAACUCCAAAGCCAAUUAAAAGAAUGCGAAAGGUAUUAGUUGCCAAAAGGAAACUGUUGCCUACUAGCAGUACUAGCGACUUAAAAACAAUUACAAAGUCAACUAAUUAUGAAAUGAGCGAAUAUACUGAUAAAACCAGUUCAGAAUCUACCACUUUUCCAACUACCACUAACACAGACGAUUAUACCGAAGAAACCGAAACAGAAGUUGACCAAACGGAAGAAAGCCAAGAAAGUAGUGAUGCGAAAGCAAUAGAUGGUGAUAAGAAAGAUGUUUUAUACGAAGACGAAGAAGAAGAAUAUGUACAAGAAGAAGAAAAUAACCAACAUCAAAUGUUAUAUGCUAACGGUGCAGAUGAAGGCGAACAAAAAGAAAAUAGAGAAAGUCAUGACGUUGACAAUCAAAUGACUGAAGAACAACAAAAUAAUGACGAUUUAGAAAUUAAUAAAAAUAAAGAUGAUCCAACCGAUGAUGACGAUGAAUAUAAUAAUAAUGAUAAUAUAAAUGCCACUCACGCAGAAAUAAACGAAAAAGAGGAAGAGAACGUUGAUACAGAAGAUGAAAAUGAAUACGACGAUAUACAAGAUGUUGAAGACACUGAGAAUGAAAAUGAAUUUAAAAACGAGGAUAAUAUCAGUCAAACCGAUGCAAGUGACGCUUCAAAUAAAAUUAACUCUUUAAGCAACGUCGACACGGAAGAAGACGAAGAAGUAUCUACAAAACCACCGUUCACAGAUGAAGCCGAAGAAGACGAUGGAGAAAAAAGUCAGAUCCUCAACACCCUUCCCGAUUAUGAACCCUUUUUCCCAGAAUUAUCUGAAUCUCUUGACGCUUCCGUUCUUCUAUUGAAAACCACCGUGAUUCCUACGGUAGAUUACGAAACGAAAACUGUCGUACAGAGCAGGUUGCGUACGUACACUUUUAUUGUGACAAGAGUCAACGGUGACGAAAAAAUAACAACAUCAACGACCGAAGUAAAACCGCAAACCAAAACACUUACUGUGACCGAACCUCGAACCAGCUACACGACCCUUACCUUACUAGACUGGGAAGCGACAAACGUUUUACCUUACGUCCCGAUAACUAAAUCCGUGGACACUCCUACACCACCCAAAAAUGCUGGAGAAAACAACCCUACGUUAUUCGAAGAAGCUCGAUACAAUUUGGCAACCAGAGUUAUGUCCAACGGGGUAGAAGUUAUAGUGGCUGGAGAUAAAACCACUUUACCAGGAGAACCAGAUGUGAGAAGAAUUCCGCCAAGUUCCAUCUACAAACCUAUAACGUUGAAACCAAGUACAUUGACUAACCAUAUGUCUCUGUUAGUACCACAAGAUGCCUCGCAGAUUCAAAGCCUGUCAGCUUCACUUCAAUCAAAUCCAUUCGUUACUAAAACUUGCCUCACAACGUUCACAUAUUUGACCACAUACCUCCAAAACGGAAGUACUGCUGUCUCAAGUCACGAACAUAUCGUUUCAAAUAUAGCGACAGAAGAAAAGAAUAGUGCCAAAAUAACUCCCACCGCCAGCACGGGAGUUACGUUAACACAGCAUCCAAAUCUGGCCGUUGGAAUAUUUCAAACUACGUACACAUACUUAAACACGAUUUUGGACGGUGAACAGCCAUUGGUUGUCAGCUCCAAGCACGUAGUUAGUAAUACAGUUACUGCCCCUGACGAUUAUUUGUCCUUGUUGCUGCCGUUAGAAAAAGCAACCCCCGUAAGAGAAACUAAUACGUACUAUAGUACACUUCCUUUACGAAAAACUGUAAAAGAUGGUGCCGACACGAAAAUUGUUAGUACCGAAGAAACCCUCACGCAGGUCAUCAUUACCCAGUCCAUACCCCCAAGAUCAACAUCUGUAAUGACAUCUUAUAUAGCUCUUGACGUUGAUGGUCGACCACCCAACCGUCAUUCCGAUUAUACCACAACAGAUGUCGUAAAGACAUAUUACGUCACAUACACAUAUUAUACCACAGCAACUGAAAACAAUACACCUGUGGUGAAAACCAAUGUUGCCAUAUCAAGCGAUAUCGUUACCGAAAAACUUUACAUUAACCCACAAAAAACAUCUACUACUAAUGCGGUCAAAUCUGGUCAAAGUACUGUUCGCCUAUUAGACGGAGUGGAUAUUGUGGUUACUAAAACCUACGUCACAACGUACACAUACUACACUACACUAUUACAGAAUGAUAAAGCAAAAUCCACUUCUACCAUAAUAAAGUCUCAUACAAAGGAGUUGGAAAACGUAGUGACCGAAACGCUAAAUGCCACCUUAAUUCGACCGGAAAAUUUAGCAUAUAUCAAUCAAGAAAUACAAAAAGGUCAAGAAAGAGUUACCGACACAGCAACGCUUAAUAAUGGACAGAAAGUUGAAAUAACGGCAAUUAACAAGAACAUUAAGCCAACAAGAGUAUUACCUAUAGAAAAAACUCAAAUGCCUUCACCACUCCCUGAAUCUAUACCAACUCUUGAAUCAACUUCUCCAAGUAUUAUUACUGGCUCAACUAUAGUAUUUUUCGAUGAAGAUAAUGAUCCAUUUCAAGCAGUUUCAAAAAAAGCCACUCCAACCUUAAAAACAAAGGUUAAAGCGACAAAAACUGCUAUUAGAAAUGAACUUAAUUCUCUUUUGAGUUCAGAAAUUGUAAAAACUACAAAAAUAUCGACGGUGGUUAAUAAACAAAGCACAAAAAAAACAAAACACGAAAAACGACCAGCCAUAACAGCUACGAAAACCAAAGAUCCUAAUGAAAGCACUACUGGCUUAGAAAGCCUCCCACCUAAAAAGAAAACGGCAGGCAAGGUACCAAAACCAGUCAAUAAUAUACCUGAUUUACUAGGACUUGGAACUAUUAAUGUCGACACACUAAGUGCUCUAACACCUGUUAUCAAUGCAAUGGCUGGAUUGAUUAAAACUAACAUUAAAAAGAAAAACGACUCUACAUCUUCUACUACAACAAAUGGUCCUGCAGCUAUUAAUAUUAAAGAGCGUCACAAAGAGCCUAUCAAGGAAGUCUCUGAGGAAUCUCAAAACAAGCCCAUUUAUAUACCUCUGCAACCGACGGAUGAUGAUACUCUAGAAAUAGCUGAAAGUCAAAAUAUUGCCACAUUUCAUAUUAAACAAUGGGAAAAACUACCAGUGGAACCAAUAAAGAACCAAAAAGAAAGUCCUCUUCUCAAUGGUGGAAUUCCUAUUUCUCCAGGCGAAAUAAUUACCGCUAACUCUGAUGUCAUAGUUGGUAAACCCGGUAGAAUCGGUCCUCGCGUUCCUUCUAUUCCGUUGGAAAAUCCCAUCCGGGAUGAUGUUCCCAUUGGAAUGAGCCCUCCUCCACUUCCGCAUAACGUAUGGUCUAAUCAAAAUACACAACAUCUUAAGGAUCCAUUAUUGAGUGAAUCUUUAAAGAAUGAACGACCGUAUUCUGGAAAAGAAACAUACCAUAGACCUCCUCCUCCUGUAACAAUCCCCCUUCGGCCAUCUGAUAUCUUGAGAGGCGAAUAUCAGAAACGGCCGCCCGUAUCACAGCAUAAAAACCUUCUCUACAAUAUCCCUCCGCCAUAUAUUAACGAGUUACCUCCGCGAUUAAGUCAUGGUGAAAUGUUAAUGCCCCAUCAGAACAACGGAACUAGUAUCAAUGUCCCCAUACAGCCUUCUGCGUUGGACGAACUUAUAGUAUUGCCAGAAAUUAUAGAAAGAUCAAGUGGUCAACCUCUCUUAGUAAAUCUACAACCAUCUCAGGUGGCUUACGUUAAUAUACCUCACAACAGAUCAACAGCUUUAAUUUAUGGAGGAUCUACAGAGCCACAUAUUAAUGGGCAAUAUUUCGAUGAUCCAUCACCGUACACUCAGCUCGACUUUGCUGCACCGUCUGAAAAUUACGAUAUCAACAAUCGCAACAGAGGAAUUCUUAAGGUCGAUUCAGCGCAAGAUAACAUCCAAUCAUCAAACCAGAAGAGGGUGGUUGGGGUAAUUAAAGUUGGUAGCGAUGUUAUAAACGUGAAUCCAACCUCGUCUAUUUCAGUUGGAUCUUCUAAUCUAAUACAGCCUAGCAAGCCACUAAACAACAAAGAUAUAAAUAUCAAUUUGCCUCCUUUAUCAUUUGGAUUGAUUCAUCAAGCUGGUGAGCUCAAUGGACAUGUUAUUAAUCAUCAAGAAUCGAUGACGUUUAAACCCCCUCCAAUGAAUUUCAAUAUUGUACCUGCAAAUGACUUUGCAAUGAAUGAAGUAACAAUAAAACCGAAAAACAAAACUAUUAGUAACAACGUUCCAUUUAAACAAAAUAAUUACAUACCAAAUGUAGGAAACAAAUACAAUAAUAAUCAAUUUGGACAUCCAAUCAGAGGAACGAACAAUAGAUAUACACCGUUCAGGCCAUAUCGAAGACAACCUCCCAAAUCUCGUAUUCACACAAGGCCGCCAUCUAAUCCGUUAGAAUACAUGACCCCUCCGCCUCCAGUAAAUCAAUUUACAACUAUGCAGCUUUCGAAAAUUUCAAAGAAACCUGAGGUUUCUAAUUCAAUUCCUAUUUCCCCUCAUGUUCCUCAAUUCAAUCCUAUAGACGAAGAUGACAAUUAUGACGAACCAGUAGAUUCAUUUAAUGAAGAAGGAGAAUACGUACAAGAAUCGAACAAUAGGCCUCUUUACCCCGAUGAAAUACCUUCCGAGAUUCUAAAAUUAAAUGGCACAAGACACAGACCCCCUGCUAUUGUGCAAUAUCCUUCAUUUCAAACACCCUACAAACCGUUAAAAGAAGAAAAUAAUAGAAACUCAAAUAAAGCUACAAGCAUUCCUUUUGUAAGACCAGAAAAUCAAUUAACUAAUCAAAUUAUAAAACCCGAAGAUUCAUCAAUAUAUCUUUCCAAUCAUGCUAUAGAUGACUCCCAUAAAUAUCCUGCGUACCAACAAAUGCCAGAACAAUCUUCAUUCCUCAGAAGAAAUAAUACGUAUACUACUCUGUAUCUUAACACAGAAGAAAGACUUCCUCAAACAACAGAAGCCACCUUCCAACAUACCUCGUCAAAACUCCUUACCACAGAAUCAUCAUCAGAACAUACAAAAAUAACAACUGAAUCUUCUUACGGAUUGAAACAGCCAGUUACCAAAAAUUCUGCGGUUGAACGGAGUACUUCAAAGAGAUUUGGGACAACGGAAAAUAGACCAAAAAUAACCUCAAUGCCUGUUGACUUUCCACCCUUGCAAAAAGACGAAAUCAAUCGUAAGACUCAUAUAGAUACGCAAACUGAGAAACCAUUCAAUUCAAACUAUUUGAAAAAUGAAGAUAAUACAACAAAUAAUUACAAAGAAAUUUCCACACCUCAAAGCAACAGGGAAGAAGCUAUUUCGUUAUCUUCAAAAUCACCACCAGUGAAAGAUGCGAUAUUACAUUCAAUGGAAAUAAUGAAGCCUCCUCCUCCUUCCCCUUCUGUUCCGUCAACUUCCAAUCUACCGUAUCCUUCUAUGGAUAUAAAACCUCCCAAAAUACCUGAUUACGGACAAAAACCGUAUCCGUUUAAUUUUAUCAUAAAAUCAAGCAGUCCAAGGCCAUUUUCACGUAAUCCAACGGUUGGCGUCAAAUACGCUGCAGAUGAAAUUUUAGGUAUGAAUCCUCCAGCAAUAACCACAUAUAGGCCUAAACUUAAUCUUAAUCGGACGAUUUCCACAUACAAACCAAUAUAUUCCUUACAACUUGAUGCAUCAGACGAUGAGUUUAAUCAAUAUUCCACAACAACACAUCCGACACGCCGCCCUUAUACUAGAAGACCGUAUACUCGAAGAACCACAACUACCAAAGCAAAUGAAAAAUCAGAUUUACAGAAAAGUACAGUUCUUCCUGCAUCUGUUUACCCUGCAAACAUCACUACCCAAACAUCUUACAAAACCACAACAGAAGCAAAUAUUCGCACUGUUCGUCCUGUUUUCAAAAACAAAGCUUCAACUACAACAACUGAAAGAAGUACAGGAUUUUCCAGUAGAACGACAAAUUCUACCUCCACUCCAAAACUAUACUCCACGACGUGGAAAACUACCUCCUCAACCACCUCGGAACCGAAAGUGGAACCAAUUACGGAAAAGACGAAUAUAAGCCAGCCUGUAAAUAAUCAAUUCAAAAUUGUUAAGAUUAACAACCACACAUCGGUCACACCUCUCAUUGAGUCAAGUAAUGAAAUAUUACCUGUACACGAGCAUACACACAUUCACACUUUCACUACAACAACAAUAAGAACAACUGUCAUAAAGACGUUAAAUGGACCAGCAUCUACAUCAACCGUUCUCGUAACAAGAACAGAAAAAUUCACUGUGGUAGAUACAGUAACGGAAAUCCAUACCUUAGUAAAACCAACCAGUAUCUAUGAAACCAUUACGACCACUGUAAGCCCCACAACUACUUUACUCUAUCCUCCUGGGGUGCCAUACGGUAACCAACCAUCUAUUUCACCCACAACCGUAAUGGAUGUUACGAAACCAACGGCAGUCGUUAACGAACACGUGAAUGAUAAUAUGGAGGACUUCAUCAUUCGAGACAACGAUGAAACACAAACCAGCAAUGAAAAUGAUAUCAACGUGGACAGUUCUUCCAAUAACGAUUCGAUUUUCGUUGUUAUGACUGAUAAAAACCAUGGCAGCGUUGUUAAACUAACAGAUACGGAAACACAAAAUAGAGACGAGGCUGUAGUAAGUAGCGAUCCCAACCAUAUUCUUUUGGGUGGCGUUCUGAUCGCACCUCCACCUAAUAUCGAGCAACGUGACACUACUACUACUCAAAGUCUUCAAGAUAAAUGUAUACCAGACUGUCAAGCUUCAAAAAAUGAACUUUGUCAGAGGGUAGAAGGAGUCAUGAGAUGCGUAUGUAGACCAGGUUUUGCCAGGAUGUUCCCUGACAGACCGUGUAAACCAACGUACACAUAUCGUUUGAGAAUUGUCUUAGAAAGACAUGGCAAACAACGUUUAGUAUACCACGAAGUUCUUAAUAAUUCAAAUUCGACAGAGUUCGUAAAGCUAUCUGCCAUCGCUCAAGAUGGUUUAGACAGAAUGGUCAUGCAGUCAGACUUAAGGGACAUAUACCAUGGCAUACAAGUUGAAAAUUAUGAGCCCCUUGAAGAACACGAUGGAAUAGUUACUAAUUUCUAUUUACAGCUCUCUGAAAAUACAAAUGACGAUCGUCUUAAAGAUAUUCUCAAAAAAUACUUGAGAAACAACAACUAUAGCAUUGGGGGAAUGGAACUUUAUGCCGCUAGAGAAGGAGUUCAAAAUUUGGACGCAAAUGACUUUGAUGAAUGUUCCAAUAAAGAUUUUCACGAUUGCUCAGAAAAUGCGCAUUGUUUCAAUUUACCGGGCACUUAUACUUGUAGUUGCAAGGAAGGGUUCGCCGAUCUUUCCGAAAACACCCUUUAUCCCGGUCGUAUUUGUUCGGCCGAGCUUAUAGGAUGCGAGCGAUGCAACUAUCACGGAACGUGUUACUCCAGAGGAGAUGACGAGACACUUUGCGAGUGUUUCCAAUGGUACGCCGGUGAACAUUGCCACAUAAAUUUGAAAGUUCUCCUGAUAGCUUUAAUAACAUUGGGAAGUUUGCUUUUCGUCUUACUCAUAGUCUGUUUGGCGAUGACAUGUUCGAAAGGAAAACGACACCAAAAUGCAUCGUUUGCAACUGGAAUGAGUUUUAUGCCACAACGAGUUGCUAUGCCCGACAACAGAAGAAUAACAUUAGAAAGGAGAGCCAUGAUACAAGACACAAGCUCAGAAAGCGGACAGUCGGACACCCUCCCAUAUGAGGCAAAGAAACCCAGAAAGUUGUCGAAAGGAGCUCUGAAGAAACCACCCCCACCGCCAUCCGACCCGAAUAACAGCGACAGUAAUACCCUUCCUGUGCAGGAUCAAAAAGACAGAUCACUUACAGUUAUGAUUCCAAGAGCCAAGUAUCAUCCAGUACCGCCACAUUCUCCAGUGGUUAAUCCAGAAUCAUGCGAUAACAGAAAGAAUUCAAUUGUUAGCAGCAACGAAGCAAAAUUACUGAGUUACCUAGACGCGGGUCCCAGCCCAAACGCAAAGGCGGAAGUUAAACGAAAAUAUAGCAAUGCGCCAAAUGAGACAUACCUUCCUGAAGCAAUCGUACCUAGAAAGCCAUCGGCUGGUGCUUUAGUAUCAGCUGGUUUUGAAGUGUCCGCUACAGUAAAUAUGAAUACUGUGAAUAAUUUAGGCACUUUGGAUACAACAGGUGGCACCGAGGCUGACCGUAGCGAAAACGCUACUUUAAUUCAGAAAAUUAGCGCUGAUCUGAUCUCUAGCAGUGGCACGAGAUCUCAAUUUAACACCCUAAGAAAUGAUUUCAUUGAUCCUGAUAACGAAGAUUCGCUUACGAACUGGUUGGAAAUUACACCAAAAAUUACAAAAACCGUAUCUGAAGCACGAUCUUGUGAUGAAACAACAAUACAACCACCAACGAAGUCUUUGAGAAAUGGUUAUGAUAACUGCAACGACGAAGCUGAUACCAUGGCAGAAAGGGAUGUUGGUUCAACUUUCUUAUUGCCUCAUACGCACCUAUAUAAACCGGACAGGGGUAGUGACAUAUCAGGAUUCGACUCUCUCUAGUACAUUUAUGAAGACCCGUUAAAUGUUAAAUACAGCUACCACGUGCCGUAAAGUUUCAUGUUGAGUGCCUGUGUUAUAUUAUUGUUCAAAGGACUUAUUUAUUGUUAUUGUAUAUGUGGUUAAUUUUAUUUUUAUUAGAAUUUUACGACAAACUCAUAAUUAUGUAAUAAUGGCCAUAACUAGCAUUGUAUAUAUUUUUUAAAAAACUUAAGUUAAUAGUUAUAAUUAGUAUUAUAUUGUAUAUAAUACACGAUUAACAACAUAAUU